AUGAAUGGUUUUUCAUUCCAGUCUGGCACUAACCAGGCUUAUCAAUCAGCAGACGAUGUUCCUGAUGAUAGAAGCUUUUCUGAUUCCUUUCUCACAGCUGAAGAUUUAGAAUACGGACCAGUUCAAGAUUCUAUCAUGAACCGAGAAUUUGGCCUUCCAGGCCCAUGAAAUUUUUCCUGCUCAAAUAGGCUAAUCCCUAAUAAAGUAUCAAAUAUUUAGCUUUAUUCCGAAGGCCCAUUGUUUGACAACUGGGUUUUUAAUGGGCAGUUUUCCCAGUCGGGAGACAUGUAUUAUUGUACAACCCAAAAGCAAAUCAGAAUAUUUAAUACAACUGACCCAUUGAAUUGGACUCUUCAAAAAUCCCUUGAUGUAAAUGGCUCAUUUUGGUCUUUUAAUGAUGUAGACCUGAGCCCUUGCGAAAAAUACUUACUCCACAAUCCUUGAUCGAACGACUCUGUCGUUGAUCAAGGAUAAGGAUUCAAAAAAAUUAUAUAAAUUAUAUAUAUUGUUUUUUUGUGUACUUUUUAAAUAAGAGGAUUAAGAUAGUAAAUAUUAAAACUAUUAAAAUGAAAAAAUUGUGUUGAUUAUUCAAUAAAGACUAAUUUAUAUUUAUUAUUGCUUUGCAAUCCGCCAAUUACUCCAAAAAAAUUGGCAGAUUAUUAAAAGUACUUAAAUUACUCUUGGCUUACCAAUAAAAACAAUUAAUUUUCAUAAAUUAUUAUAAAGAUUACGAAUUUAUUGACUAAUGUGUAUAAAAAUACAAUAUAUGAAAAAAUUUGAUAAAGGAUGUGUUAAUUUUUAGGAAUUUUUCAAUCAAAUUGUUCAAUCAAGGAUGGGGAGAGUUAAUCCUUUCCAGUUUCGAAUCCAAGCUUAGGCUAACCCCAAUAGACGAUUCCAAUAUAGACGACUAUAAUUUUACCCAAGGAAGCAUCAACGGAGUUACAACUUAUGACGCUAUUGAUACAAACGCUGGAAUUUUCAGUGUCAAAUUUUCAGGUGACAGCAACAAGGUGAUAGUCGGCACAAAUAGGCGCUCCCUAGAGAUGUAUGACCUGGUAAAGAAAAAACUUGUGUGUUCUGUACAGAAAGCUCAUGAUGACGACGUGAAUUCUGUUUGCUUUAUGGACCCAGAAAAAUCCAAUAUUAUAGCAUCAGGCUCUGAUGAGUCUUGCAUCAAAAUUUGGGAUUUAAGGUGCUUAAAAUAUGAUGGGCUACCUCAAGGAGUUUUGGUAGGGCAUAGAGAAGGAGUUACUUAUGUGUCGCCUAAGUAUGAUGGGAUUUCUUUGGUUUCGAACAGCAAAGACCAGACUUUAAAGCUGUGGGAUAUCAGAACUAUGACAAGCCAAAAGGUGUAUAUAGAGUUUAAACGAAGUCAUCGAUACCAGACGUAUUUUGACUACAGAUGGGAACGCUAUCCUUUGAAAAAUUAUACGAAAAAACUGGCUGCGGAUACUUCAUUGAUGACUUUUAGGGGUCAUGCGGUGUUUGGGACGUGCAUUAGAUGCUUCUUUUCUCCAUUGUUUUCGACAGGGCAGAGAUUUAUAUAUACAGGGAGCUCUGAUGGCGAUGUGCAUAUUUUUGACUCUGUUACUGGAAAAACAGCUAGAAUAUUGAAGGAUCCGUAUGAUGGGCCUUUACAAGAAACGAAAUUAAUUAGAGAUGUGUCGUGACAUCCAUUUGUGCCUCUUCUGUGUGCUGCUUCGUUUAGGAAAACUAUUCUUUCAUAUAAUUAUUCCUCCUAA